GGCGGGAGGCGGAGGGCGGAGCUGGGCGCACCCAAAACAAACAACCGGCGCCCAGAGACUCUGCGGCCCCGUAGCCGCACGGCCUCGGCCUGGUGCGCGCCCGCCGUGGAGCCGAGGCCACCUUGGCCACCUCGUUUCCCACCCUUUGCCGUCGGCACCCAGGCCCCGCCCAGCGGAGCCGCCGCAGGGUUAUAUUGGGCCGGGCAGAAGGUGGAGAGAAUACGUAGCCACGGCCGGCCAGCGCCAAGAUGCUGCUCCAGAGGCCCGGGGCAGAGAGGCCGCUGCAGGCGCCACGGCCUCAGGGACUCGGCUCCGCGGGCGUUCAAGGCUGAAGGCGCCGGACCCUCCCGAAGAGUGGCACGCACAGCAGCCAGCGUCGUCUCCGGGCCUCCAGGGCGCCUGGCCCGCACCUGCGACCUCCAGGGAGGGGCCCUUCCCGGUCUCUUGGACGGAGAACAGAUGCGUACACUUGUUGCGUCCAGCAAGAAAUCCCGAGCCCGGCGCGCUUUGGGGCACCAGAGGGGGUAACCGCACCUCUGCCCGCCUUCACCCCGAAGUUUCUAAUUCUAGAACUGAAGAUAGUACCCACCCAACUCGUUCCUCUCCGCCCCUCUUAGUUCAACCAAUAAACACAACAUCUCCCGAGAAAAAUAACAGCGGAAGAGAACUCUUCUACGGAAAAGAGACUGUCUCAAAAGGAGGGCGAGCUCCCGGGAUAGAAAAGAAAGGACUCCCGGCCCCGGAAUCGCCACCCCCGCCCUCGGUACCAGCUUCCCAAGACCCCGCGAAGGAAAAGCGUACGCCGCCGGGCAGGGACAGAGGGCGUGGGCAUGAAGUUGGAGGUAUUCGGCCCCCACGCGGCCCUCCGGGACAAACCGGGUAGUGACCUGGAGGGCGCAGGCGGCAGCGACGUGCCAUCUCCGCCGUCUACAGCCGGCGAUGAGUCCCUGGGCUCGGACGGGGACUGCGCGGCUAACAGCCCGGCGACAGGCGGCAGCGCGGGGGAGCUGGCGGGCCGCGGCGAGAGGAGCGCGAGCGGCGGGCCGGGCGCCGCGGAGGGUGCGGCGGCGGCGGCGGCAGCGGGGGGGCAAGAGCAGGCCGGCGCGGGGGGCACCGAGGGCGCGCGCAGCAAGCCGUACACGCGGCGGCCCAAGCCCCCGUACUCCUACAUUGCGCUCAUCGCCAUGGCCAUCCGCGACUCGGCGGGCGGGCGCCUGACGCUGGCCGAGAUCAACGAGUACCUCAUGAGCAAGUUCCCGUUCUUCCGCGGCAGCUACACGGGCUGGCGCAACUCGGUGCGCCACAACCUCUCGCUCAACGACUGCUUCGUCAAGGUGCUGCGCGACCCGUCGCGGCCCUGGGGCAAGGACAACUACUGGAUGCUCAACCCCAACAGCGAGUACACCUUCGCCGACGGGGUCUUCCGCCGCCGCCGCAAGCGCCUCAGCCACCGGGCGGCAGCUCCCGCUCCCGGGCUUCGGCCUGAGGAAGCCGGGUCCCCGCCUGCCGCUGCGCCCCCGCCGCCCGCGCCCGCCGCCCCGGCCUCGCCCCGAGCGCGUUCGCCAGCCCGCCAGGAAAGGCGCGCCAGCCCUGCAGGCAAGUUCUCCAGUUCCUUCGCCAUAGACAGCAUCCUCAGCAAGCCCUUCCGCAGCCGUCGCGACGCGGACAGCCCCGGGGCGCGGCUGCCGUGGGGCGCUGCGCCCUGCCCGCCUCUGACCCCGUACCCCGCGCUCCUCCCGGGGGCGCCCGGCGGGGCCCUGUUACCGCUCUGCGCCUACGGCGCGGCCGAGCCGGCGCUGCUGGGCGCGCGCGGAGCCGAGACGCCGCCAGAGCCGCACCUCCUGCUCGCGCCCCUUUCCGCCCCGGCCCCUGCCAAGCAGCUCCGAGGCCAGGCGGCGUGCGGCGGCGCGCACCUGUACUGCCCCCUGAGGCUGCCCGCGGCCCUGCAGGCGGCGACGGCCUGCGGGCCGGGCCCGCACCUGCCCUACCCGAUGGAGACGCUCCUGGCCUGAGCCGCACCGCCCAGCGGGCAGGGUCGGGCGCUGUCCGGGAGGCUAGAACGUAGGUCAGGGCUUUGCACUUUCUGCCCAGGGGAAGGGGAGACUCUAAAGAAAAAAAAAAAUCCAUCAAACGUGCCUUAAAGGUAAAGCAUUUUUGACAGAAUGUUUUAACUUAGUUCAGACUGCUUAUUUUCCUUGUCUUUUUAAACCUUUCCGAGGACCAAAGCAAUUCUUCAUAAUUGUCUUAGAUUCUUGACCAACCCUGUCCCUCUCUCACUUGAAAAAGACUUCUCUCUUCUGAAUGCCCAGGUUCCCCCCAUACCUGUUAUUUCUGUUGCUCCUUCCACUGAUUUGUCCCUAGAAAGAAAGAGCGGAGGCUCAUCAGGGAACCAUUCCAUAUGAUAAAUGACAUGACUACUGUUUGGGGUUUAUGGGGCCCCGCUCCGUGUGCGUAUGUGGUAUUUACAGGUGUGACUGUAUGAGAGAGAGGUGUCAGAGAAUCUGCAGUCAUUUCUCUGCUAUUGACCAAAUGCUUCACUGGGCCAAAAGAUAAUAUAUAUAUAUAUAUAUAUAUAUAUAUAGGAAUAUAUAUAUAUACAUAUAUAUAUAUAUAUAUAUAUACAGUUGGGUUUUGUAAUUAAAUUAUUUAUAUAUUUUUGAAAUCUGAAUUGAAAAUGUUGCAGGCAACGGGCUACAGCUUUAUUAGUGGUUCAGUGAUCUCUAACUGUGGUCUCUUUGGGCCAAGCAAUGUCUUUAAAGGAGAAGGUAGCAUUAUGUAUAUGGGGUGCCAGGACCGCUGCCACGUGAAAGCGAGUGUGAUUUUUAUUUUUAAUAUUAUUUUAUUUGUGUUUGUGUACAUAUUCAUGUAUAAAUUCUAUGAAACCCAGGUAUAAUGCUUAUUUUUUAAUAAAACUCACAACUGACUUUGCA